CUGCCAUCCAUUACCGCGCAAGAAUCAUCCAUCGUCUUCCCCACUUUUACCAGCGACACUGCGUGGUCGCUGGGUGUCUCUCUGCGCGAACGCCUUCUUACGCUUACCUCCAAACCCGUCGCGAUCUCUAUUUCCCUAGCGAGUUCCGCACCCCUCCCACAAGUCCUUUUCUACACCGUCACCCGCCCCGGGACUACCCCCGACAACGACUCCUGGGUCUCGCGGAAGCGCCAGACCGUGCUGCGUUUCGGCUGCUCGACAUGGUUUAUGCACUGCAAGUUCCAAGGGAAUGAAGUAGCCUUUGCGGCGAAGUAUGGCUUGGGGGAGGCUGCGGGACAGUAUGCGAUCCACGGAGGUGGUGUGCCGAUUCGCGUCACCGGCGUGGAAGGCGUCGUCGGGGUCAUUAUAGUCAGCGGGUUGGCUCAGGAGGACGAUCAUCAGGUCGUGAUCGAGACUGUG